UUGGCUGUCAGGCAGGUCAAUCUGCGGUCGAAUUCACAGUUUUACAGAGGGCUCGUUUUCUUUUCGUUUUAUUUUGCAUUACUCAUCUUUACUUAGGACUUGAGCACCACUCUAUAGUCGUGACAUAAUAUAAUACUCUUUAAAUGCCCCGUUCAUACAGUCAUGGGUGAAAGUUUGCCUCCGCCGUGCAGGAGGAGGUGUGGCCACCGGGAGUCACCGCCGCCUGUGAUUGGUGGCUUUUGCAGCGCUGCGUCCGCAUGGCAACCGCGCACCGUGGACAACAUUCAGGGCAGAAAGGAGAUUCUUUUUCUCCUCCCACCACCCCCCGAAACACCGAUAAGGGAUUUUUUUUCUACAUCCGGACCCCGCCGUCCGUCACCGUCGGAACAUUCGGAGACCGGAGGCGGCGCGGAGUGGCUCUAAUGCGGCGGCGCGUUGUUGGCGCAGAGUGACAGCCGGCUGUGAGCUGCCACCACGGGUCUGUGAUCAUGACGGCGGAGGAGACGAUCAACAUCAAGGAGGCGGAGGUGAUCAAGCUGAUGCUGGAUUUCCUCAACUCCAGGAAGCUGCACAUCAGCAUGCUGGCCUUGGAGAAGGAGAGCGGUGUCAUCAAUGGACUGUACUCGGAUGACAUGCUCUUCCUCAGGUGCCUGCUAAACUGUCCAUUGGCUGCUUUCAACAGGCAGCUGAUUCUGGACGGCCAAUGGGAGGAGGUGAUGCAGUUCAUUCAACCCCUAGAAGGAAUGGACACGUUUGACAAGAAACGGUUCCGCUACAUCAUCCUGAAGCAGAAGUUUCUGGAAGCUCUGUGUGUAAAUAACGCCAUGUCAGCUGCCGAAGAACCUCAGAAUCUGGAGCUCACCAUGCAGGAGGCGGUCAAGUGCCUCCACAGCCUGGAGGACUUCUGCCCCUCCAAGGACGACUACAGCAAGCUGUGUCUUCUCCUCACGCUGCCUCGCCUCACCCACCACGCCGAGUUCAAAGACUGGAACCCGAGCACGGCGCGCGUCCACUGCUUCGAUGAGGCGUGCACCAUGGUCGCCGAGUUCAUCCCCGCGGACAGGAAGCUGAGCGAGGCGGGCUUCAGGGCGAGCGGGAACCGCCUCUUCCAGCUGCUCAUUAAGGGGAUUGUUUAUGAGUGUUGUGUCGAGUUCUGUCAGAGUAAAGCGACUGGCGAGGAAAUCACCGAGGGCGAGGUGCUUCUCGGCGUGGAUCUGCUCUGCGGCAACGGCUGUGAUGAGCUGGAUCUGUCGCUGCUGUCCUGGCUGCAGAACCUCUCCCCCGGUGCCUUCUCCUGCGCCUUCCAGCAGAAGACCCUCAACAUCCACGUGGACCGGCUGGUGAAGCCCAGCAAGGCGGGCCACGCUGACCUGCUGACCCCGUUGAUCAACCGUCUGUCCCCCUGCCCCACGUCACCCUACCGCCACCAGAGGCCCCAUUCGGCCGACACCUACAUGUCCAGAUCUCUCAAUCCUGCUCUGGACGGCCUGUCCCACGGUCUGGCAGCGCAGGACAAGAGAGGCUCGGAGGCGAACGUGAAGUCUGCUCUCAGUCGGAGCCUCGUGGAGAAUAAUGUGCAUCAGCAGGAUGAUUCACCUGAGAGGAAGCACCCACAAAGGCUGGAGGGUCCCAACACCACACGCACGCCUCUGACUCCUGGAAAAGAUGGCGAGCCACCCUGCAGCACCGAGACAAAUGAGCAUGGUGACUCCACGGAGCAGAUGCAGGAGUUUAACAGGCGGCGCCUCCGUGUGCAGCAACAUCUGGAACAGAAGCAGCAGCAGAGGCAGCUCUACCAGCAGAUGCUGCUGGAGGGAGGGGUGAAGCCGCAGGACGGGGCCCAGAACAACCUCACCGAGACCUUCCUCAGCAGAUCCAUUCAGAAGUUGGAGGAGAUGAAUGUGGGCAUUGACCACAAAGAGGAGGUGAUGACACAUUUGGGCCAGCAGUGGAACGGACUGACAGGGAACAACAGCGCCUCUAGCGCUGCCGACACCCAGCACACUCCAGACACAGGGCCGCCGAGGGACAAGCCAGGCGGCGUGAUCAGCAGCACCCCUUUAAGAAGCGGAAGCCACGGCUUGCCUUCCCUCAGCGAGUCUCCAGUUCCUACCAGUCUGAGUGCCGAGAGGAUCAGAGCGUCUUGUCCCACGGUGCUGGAGGAUUCCGGCAGCUCGGCGACACGUAGCACACAAGAGCCGGGGAAGUCCAAAACACAGUUUGUGAAAGUGAACCAGCUCGAGGACACACAGGCCGUACGCGCAGUGGCCUUCCACCCCUCGGGGGCGCUCUACGCUGUUGGCUCCAACUCCAAAACUCUGAGAGUCUGCGCCUACCCAGAAACCCUCUCCACCAGUAGUUCUGGUGCAGUUAAGCAGCCGGCUGUGCGCUUCAGGAGGAACAAACACCACAAGGGUUCAAUCUACUGCGUCGCCUGGAGCCACUGUGGACAACUGCUGGCCACCGGCUCCAACGAUAAAUUUGUCAAAGUCCUGCCUUUCAACGCAGACAGCUGCAAUGCCACAGGGCCGGACCUGGAGUUCAGCAUGCACGACGGUACCAUCAGGGACCUGGCCUUCUUGGAGGGCCCUGAGAGCGGAGGAUCCAUUUUGAUCAGCGCCGGAGCCGGGGACUGCAACAUCUACACCACCGAUUGUCAGAGAGGACAAGGCCUUCAUGCUCUGAGCGGACACACCGGUCACAUUCUGACUCUGUACACGUGGGGAGGCUGGAUGAUCGCCUCUGGCUCCCAGGACAAGACGGUGCGUUUCUGGGACCUGCGGGUGCCCAGCUGUGUGCGGGUGGUUGGCACGACCCUGCACGGAUCAGGAAGUGCAGUGGCCUCAGUGGCAGUGGAUCCCAGCGGCCGCCUGCUGGCCACCGGUCAGGAGGACAGCACCUGCAUGCUGUACGACAUCAGGGGCGGCCGCACCGUGCAGACGUACCGGCCUCACGGCAGCGACGUUCGCUCGGUGCGCUUCUCGCCCGGAGCCCAUCACCUUCUGACGGGAUCCUACGACAACAAGAUCAUCAUCAGUGACCUACAAGGCGACCUCACAAAGCCCCUCCCUCAGACAUUGGCAGGGGAACACUGGGACAAGGUGAUCCAGUGUCGAUGGCACCCCCACGAUCGGACCUUCAUCUCCUCCUCUGCAGAUCGAAAUGUCGUCCUGUGGGCUCCAGGCCCCUGAGAGUCCCGCAGAGAAACACUGGUUCAACAACUGUGUCCACACACAUCACAGCAUGGGAUCACUUACUGUUGUGCGGCGCGUGUGUGUAUGUGUGUGUACAUAUACACACAUAUUGUGUGUAUGUAUGUAUAUGUAUGUUUUGUUCAGUGUGUGUGUGUGUGUGUGUGUGUGUGUGUGUGUGUGUGUGUGUGUGUGUAUUGCAGUUUUAGUGUAAUUAAAGUAUUAAAGUAAAGAGAAUAAGAACAUUUUGCAAAUGCCAUAGAAAGAGUUUACGGUGAUGCUUUUGUGAGUCCAUGUGAGGUUAGAUACUUAAAAUAUUCACUGUGCGUGUGUGUGUGUGUGUGUAUGUGUGUGUUUUGGGCUUUGUAAGUAGAGCAUAAAGAUUUAAUGGCACAGAUGUAGAUAGAUGACUGAUGAUGCCUGUAUUGAUCGGCACGAGUUAGUUCACUGCAAGCACACGUUAGUUAGUUAGUUUGUUUAUUUAUUUAUUUUCUCAAAAUGUUAAACUUCACAUAAGUCGGCCAUAGUUGGAGUUGGAGGAAGUCGUGACCUGGACUCAUGACGUGGAAAGAAGCCACGUUUGUUUAUGCAUAUCAUAAUGUGCCUUUUGUAUCAUUUCUGAGAGCGAUUGAUUGAUUGAUUGAUUGAUUGGUUUGCAGCUUUAUCUUACUCGUUCAUAUGCCUUGUCAUGUAGAAGUUAUUGCAAUGGCACUGUCCGACAGAAAGUGAUCACCCACUGGGCAUUAGUGCAAACCUGUAUAGAUUCCCAAAAUGUUUUUUCCCCUGCAUCUGCUAUUAUUGAGAGUAAUGAGCACCAUUAUUUUUUGCAACCAGACAUGUCUCAGGAUGGCAACUGUACAAAGGAAUGAGAGAAAUGACAGAAAACGGGCUACAGCAAAGACAGUGGUAACGAUGCACUUUACAGGUUGAAAUGCUGCUCGACUGCAAACAAUGAAAUGACCAAUCCAGGCACAUUUUUUUUGGUUCUGUUUUUUACUCUUACAAGCAAGGAUCAGUUUUUACUGUCACUUUUACUCAGCACAUGCACAAAACCCCGUUGCAUGUGUGCGAGAAGACGGCACAGGGGAGAAUAUUAGUCAUGGCUUAUCGUGUUAAAUUCUUCAUGAUCUGUGGCCUGGUGGCAAAUUCACAAUCAAUGUCCACCAACGUGGUUUUAAAACAAAACAUGAAAGUGUAAUGAUGGAAGUAAAAAGGAGUCAACUAAAAAUGUUAAAAUUAGUGGCUGUCUAAUACUACAUGUUGUUCUUGCUUUUGAAUGAAUAAAAGGUAUUUUUAA